UCUUUCUCCACAGAGCGGAGUCUACACUUCUUCACUUGCUCACUCCCUCACUCUCUCACUCGCUCGAUCCUUCUUUUCAACUACAGUCUCGUUCUUGAGUGAGCGAAGUAGGAGGUUUGAUCUAGCCAACAAUAUAUCCAUUUCGACCCGUCUAUACCAAUUCCUCUUCAACCGAAACUUCCCGCCCUCCGAUCGUGUCACUUUCUCGCUAGCCUUUUCCGCUCUCUGCCUCUCCCUCCGGCAUCGGAAACCAUAACUAUAUCCCUCUCUCCGCCCACCCUACAACGCAACGGCCACACAUCCCGGGAGAGAGUGUCUGGUGGUUUUCGUAUGCAUUGAGAUUCUCUGCGUUCUUCAUCGACUCAGCAUACACGUAGAAUCAUAAUUUCAGCAUUUCACCAUGUCUUCUCAACCAGGCGUCGCUCCAUAUGCCCCAGACUAUGCGUCAUACAACUGGACUGGUGCUCCCGCAAACUAUGCGCAGUUCGCCACAAAUGACAUUGGCGGUGAUUCCAGAACGGAGAAUCUGAACAAAUGGUUUCAAUCGGGUGACCAGGCGUACAUCAUCGUGGCUUCCGCCAUGGUCAUGGUCAUGAUUCCUGGUCUUGGAUUCCUGUACUCUGGUCUCGCUCGUCGUAAGUCGGCUCUGAGUAUGAUCUGGGCCUGUAUGGCAUCAUUCUCGGUCGUCACCUUCCAGUGGUACUUUUGGGGUUAUUCCCUCGCCUUCUCUCCUACUGCCACCAAUGGCUACAUUGGCAACCUUCGCAACUUUGGUCUCAUGAAAACUCUGGCCGACCCGAGUCCUGGAUCACCUCUCAUUCCUAAUAUCCUCUAUGCUUUCUACCAGAUGCAAUUCUGUGGUGUGACUGCGGCUAUUAUUAUGGGCGCUGUUGCAGAACGUGGACGUCUGCUUCCGGCCAUGGUUUUCACCUUCAUCUGGGCUACUAUCGUCUACUGUCCUAUGGCUUGCUGGGUAUGGAACGUGAACGGUUGGGCAUUCAAAUACGGUGUUUUGGACUAUGCCGGUGGUGGUCCUGUCGAAAUCGGAUCCGGUAUGGCAGCUCUCGCCUAUUCGAUGGUUCUCGGUCGUCGUCAGGAACGCAUGAUGUUGAAUUUCCGCCCUCACAACGUCUCGCUCAUUCUCCUCGGAACCGUCUUUCUCUGGUUCGGUUGGCUUGGAUUCAACGGUGGUUCUUCCUUCGGUGCCAACAUUCGAGCCACCAUGGCUUGCUGGAACACAAACCUGACUGCUGCCUUUGGAGCCAUUACCUGGGUUCUUCUCGAUUGGCGUCUGGCUAGAAAGUGGUCGAUGGUCGGCUGGUGUUCCGGCACUAUUUCCGGUCUGGUCGCUGCGACUCCCGCCUCUGGGUUUUUGACCCCUUGGGCCAGUGUUAUCCUUGGUAUCGUGACUGGCGUUGUCUGCAACUAUGCCACCAAGGUUAAAUACUGGAUCCGUAUCGAUGACUCUAUGGAUGUGUUCGCCGAACACGGUGUCGCAGGAAUCGUUGGCCUUAUUUUCAACGCCCUUUUCGCAGACGAUGCAAUCGUCGGUCUGGAUGGUGUGAACACUGGAACCGGAGUUGGUGGAUGGGUCAUCCACAACUACAAGCAGCUCUACAUCCAAAUUGCUUUCAUCGUGGCUUCCUGCGCUUAUUCCUUCGUCGUCUCCGCCAUCAUUGCCUACGCCAUCAACGCUAUUCCUGGCCUGAAGCUGCGUGCCUCCGAAGAGGCAGAGUUGCUCGGCAUGGACGACGACCAGCUGGGCGAGUUCGCAUAUGACUAUGUUGAAGUUCGCCGUGAUUACCUGGCCUGGACGCCUCAGAAGCACGACCAGCUCGAAGACGGCCACGAGAUCCCUCAUGCUGCCCGCUAUGGCAUCGGAGAGCACAGUGAGAUGCUCGAAGGCCAGACUCCCGUGGGAAUCGACAGCCGAGGAUGCAGCGAAGGCGACUCUGGCAUUCAGGAGAUUAAGAUCGCACCAGCUCCACGACAGGUCGCCGAGCGCAAUCCUCCUGCGCAAGCCCAAGAGACGCACGGGACACCUGCAGCUCCUCAAAUCGACGAGAAGCAAGACGGCUCAUCAUAAUAACCUUACCUCCUACCUCAUUUACCUCAUUUUCUUCCACCCUCAGUUACCCCCAAUUUAUUCUUGUUUCUUUUCCAAGCGACUAUUUGAGAUAUCCAGCAUCGAUUUUUCUGCUUCCGCUUUUCAAUGCUGCGUCGCCUGGGGCUACGCCAUUGACUACAUGUGCAUUUUUCCCCAACCCCCCACCCCACGCUGUCUGUGACUCUUGGUUUAGCAACAUCGGCGUUCAUCUGGUCCUGAUCUACGGCUUUUUUGUAUAUACUAUUUUUUGUGACCGGCGGGAUGUCAGUCAUUGGAGCUAGCAACGAUACCAC